AUCUCCGUGCGCCGGAAGAGAACCGGCUUUCUGUUCUGCUGGGUCCCGCUGUGUCACCGUCGCGCCGCGCUGUUCUUUCCCUCAAGAUGGAGUACCUUCUGGGCAUCCAAGGGCCGGACUUCGUCCUCGUCGCUGCAGACACCGUCGCCGCCUCCAGCAUCGUCCACAUGAAGCGCGAUCAUGACAAGAUGUUCAAGAUGAGUGAGAAAAUCUUGCUCCUCUGUGUCGGAGAGGCUGGCGACACUGUCCAGUUCGCAGAAUACAUCCAGAAAAAUGUACAGCUCUACAAAAUGAGGAACGGAUAUGAGCUGUCUCCGACUGCAGCUGCCAAUUUCACACGCCGGAAUCUAGCGGACUAUCUGCGGAGUCGGACUCCUUAUCAUGUCAACCUCCUCUUGGCCGGUUACGAUGAACAUGACGGGCCUGCCCUCUACUACAUGGACUACCUUGCUUCCUUGGCAAAGGCUCCCUUUGCAGCCCACGGUUAUGGGGCAUUCCUAACACUCAGCAUCCUUGACCGCUACUACAAACCAGGUAUCACCCGUGAAGAAGCCAUAGAGGUUCUCAAGAAAUGUCUGGAGGAGCUCCAGAAACGCUUCAUCCUGAACUUGCCUUCCUUCAACGCUCGGUUCAUCGAUAAAGACGGCAUCCAUGAAGUGACCAACAUUCCCCUCCUAAAAUCAGUGGCCUGAACACAGUCUGCACUUUCCCCUUCCCACCUCGUUUUUGGCUUUUUGUACUUGUUGGAAAUCCAUUGCUCAUGUAUUGCGUUAUGCUAAUACAAAUAAAGGUUGACUCCUAUGA